AUGUCUUCUAUUCUCUCGUUUGGAGAGGCUGCUUUGAAAAAAGAUCUUGACAAAACCAAAGACGUUUCUUCGGUCGUUGAUACACAACCACUUCCAUCGGAUCCACGACAGAAUCCAUUAGUUGAUCUAAUUGAUAUUGAGAGAUCUUCAUCGCCAACUCCAAGUGAGGACGAUUCAUUCCUUGAAAUUCUUCACCUUGCUCAUAAAGGAAUCAGUCCAAUUCUGGGUCUCUCUCUUCUUUAUAUCCUAAUGGCUUUCGAUGUAAACUGGUUCAUUUUGGUUAUUCUCCAAGUCAUUCUCCAGGCUCUUUUCUUCUCAAAAUCAUUAUUGGAGAACCCAGUCGGGCGUCGAGUUCUUCUGUUCUACUCAGUGAGAAUCUAG